AUUAAAAUAAAACCAUGGAUUCAAUUCCUAUCAUUCUAAAAUGCCCUUCAUAAAAUAAGGUUUACAAUAUCCAAAUUACAAGUGAUAUUACUCCGUUAAAUAUAGAGUAGGAAUUUAAAGAACAAUGUUUUACAAAAGAAUAAAAUCUCAAUUUUUUCUAUAAUAAUUUGCUCCUAAAGCAUUAAGUUCCAUUAUCGCAACAAGAAAUUGUAAAAGGUUCUAUUCUAUUGAUAUCAUUAUAAACAUUCUCCAUCUAGAUAUAAAUAUCAUCCAAAAAUAAAAAAUACUGUGUAGAAAUAGGUGAUUUUAUGACAACAGAUAAUUUAUCUUAAAUAUUAAUUCAAAUGUAGCCAUUUAGUGAGGUUCAAUUUUACUUAAAUUAAAAAUUAUUGAAACCUGAUGAUUCAUUGAUUAAUUAGGAAGUUUAAGCAAAUUCUAUAGUAGAUGCCAAUAUAAAGUAAUAAGGAGGAUAAGAAUUCUGAG